UUGGGCCAGAAAUCACUACUAGAAGAUGGUGAUGACGACCGACCUUCCAUUUGAUCUGGAAAACAAGAUCCUCGCCCGUGUUCCGAAGAAGUCUCCAUCACAAUGGCAAACUGUGUGUAAACGAUGGUAUACUCUACGCCAAGAUCUCCUCGCCCAGAAGCACUUGGCUCAAGCAGGAAGAGAGUUCAUCUUAUUGUUGAAUACUAGUGUUUUUUCAACAGUCAUCAACCUCCAAGAGAUUCAUCACAGCCUUGAUGAUCCGUCCAUGGAGUUUGGAGGUAAACUUGGAUCUUUACAAGAUUCAGAUGAUUUAAAAAUACAUGAUAUUUUUUAUUGCAAGGGUUUGAUCUUGUGCACUAUGGUGGGAAACCAAACGCUCGUGGUUUGCAACCCUUGUAACGGUGAAACUAGGUAUGUAGAACCUAGGACAUCUUAUCACCAAAAUGAUUUAUAUGCUCUUGGAUACAAAGGCGGCAAGUCUUCUUGUAUUAAUAGCUACAAGAUCCUGAGGUAUUGUCGUUAUUGCAACAUGCAACUGAGGCGUACGGUUUCCGAGUUUGAACUGUAUGAUUUUAUUUCUGACUCGUGGAGGGUUUUAGAUGUUGAUAAGCAUGAUUCGGACAUAUCUGCUCGUGGGGUGUCUGUGAAAGGAAACACUUACUGGGUUGCUAAAAAAAAGGACGACCAGUUCAUUCUCAGUUUCGAUUUCACAAGAGAGAGGUUUGGGUUUCUCCCUCUCCCAUAUGAGAGUGCUGAUCCUGGUGAUUUCGUGAAUUAUGAGCAUGAAGAUACCGCUGUUCUGUCAGUUGUUAGAGACGAACAACUCUCGGUGUUACAUCAAUAUCUUCAUAUAGAUUCAUUCGAGAUGAAGAUAUGGGUGAGCAAUCAGAUUAACACCAAAAAGGUGUCCUGGAGCGAGUUCUUGGUAGUGGACGUUGUGUUGCUAAAUGUUGUCAGCUUCGUCUUGGACGAGGAGCAUAAAGUGGCAGUGUGUUGUAGUACAGACAAGGAUGAUAGUGAAGAAGAGUGUACCAACAUUUCCAUCAUUGGAGAGAAUAUACAAAGACAUGUCUAUGGUGAAGGGAUUAUAGAUGGAUCAUAUUCAUGGCCACAUCUCAUGAAUUACGUUCCGAGCGCUGUUCACGUUGUGAAGAAGAGUACGCGCAAAAGCAAAAGGAAACGAAUUACAAGGAGGGAUGAACCGAAGGAGGGCAUUUCUGGAAGAAGCGUUGAGGAAACAAAAGUCACACCCAGAGAAAAACCUAUAGCAUAUCGAAGUUUCUAUCCCAAAAAGGUUUAGGAGAUGAAAGUGACACCAGACCUUAAGAAUAUUGAAGUUCUCUUGCUGUUGCUUUCAAUGU